CAGUCUUUUUAUUCUUUCCUUCCGUUUCUCAUUUCUCUAACAACAAAAUUAAUCACUUUCUAGAGCAUGGUUGCCCAACAACAACAACAACAUAUUCUUACCAAUAACACUUGUAUCAAUCAUAACACCAUCAUGAUGAUCAAAGGAAAACGUACUAAACGUUCUCGUACAUUAUCUCCCUUUUCCUUAACCAUGUCUUCCACCACCAUCACCACCGCCACCACCACUGCAGAUGAACCGGCUUAUUCAAAUUCCGCUACAUCUGAAGAGUUGGCAGCACCCUCAUCAGUCACCGCCAUAUCCGAUGAUGAAGAUGAGGAUAUGGCUCAUUGUCUAAUCCUUCUAGCUCAAGGCUCCACCACCACCACCUCCGUCACCGCCACGGCCACCACCACCUCCAAAAACGCGCAAAAUGAUGUAAUUACGACGUAUGAAUGCAAGACAUGUAACAAAUCUUUUUCUUCAUUCCAAGCACUAGGGGGUCAUAGAGCUAGUCACAAAAAACCUAAACUAACACCACCAUCUUCGGUCGCUUUCGCCCUCGACCACCACCACCAACAACACAACAACCACCGCGACAACCGCCAUCAAAAUCAACAAUUCAACAACCAAGAUUGUACAACACUUUCACUUCAAAUUCAAACCCCAUUACUAAACAUAAACAACAACAAUAAUAAUAAUCCCAACAAUAAAAUCACUAAAGUGCAUGAAUGUAGCAUUUGUGGAGCUGAAUUUUCAUCUGGACAAGCAUUAGGAGGUCAUAUGAGACGACAUCGUCCUAUCGGUACGACAAAAAUCUACGAAAAUACAACAGCAACAACAACAACAACGACAACGACGAGAAAUUUAUUGCCGUUAGAUCUUAAUCUUCCGGCGCCAGAUGAUCAUGAUGAAGAACAACAACAACAACAAAGAGAUUCUUUAUCUUCCAAGUUUGUUUUCCCUUCUAAUGAAAAAACUUUAGUUUUUUCUGCAUCUUCUCAGCUUGUGGAUUGUCAUUAUUGAUUAAUUACUGCAAUCCAAUUCAUUCAUACACAUGAUAUAUCUUACAUUAGCCAGAAAUUAAACAAUUUUAAUUUUUUUAAAACCAACAUUUUUUAAUUUUUAUUAUACUUGUGAAUUAUUAUUUUUUUACAUAUAUACAAUUCAAUUGUUCAUUAAUAUAUUCUUCAUGAGAUGAUGAUCAUGUUGAUUAUAUUAUUCUUUGUAUUUACUUUU